UCUACUGCUCCCGCCGCCACCCUUUUCCCUUGCGCGUCUCUCCCUCCCGAUCCCCUCCGCUGCCGCUGCCACGAGCUCCCGUCGUCGAGCUCCACCUCCUCCAGUGCCCGCCCCGGGCUCUGCCUCCCACCCUCCUAGCGCCACCACCUCCAAUCCCUAGCGCCGGUGGCGGCCGUUCUUCCGGCGACAUCACUGGACAGCGGCGAGAAUGAAUAGACAGAUAGAGGUAACAAAUUGAUCAUUCCUCUGGCCAAACUUCCAUCUUACUCCAAGCCCACCUCCAGAAUGGCAGAGCAAUGCAAGAUUUCUGCUGCCAUGGUAUCUGAGCAAAGGUCAUAUGCGCGGUCAUACGUGCUCAAGGUAGAUGGAUACUCCAGAGCCAAGGCGUUUCUCGAGACCGGCAAGUGCCUUACCUCUGAUCCUUUCAGUGUUGGAGGGCACGUCUGGACCGUGGAAUGUUACCCAAACGGUGACAAUAGGAUUCAUGCCCAUUACAUAUCCCUUUUCCUACGUCUUGAAUCUGCUGAUGCUGGAGAUGUGAAGGGGAAAUUCACGCUCAGUCUACUUGACAAGAAUGGAGAACCGGUGCCUUCAUACAGCCGUGCCUCCCCUGUACUAACCUUCUCAAAGAAAGAUUCAUGCUUGGGCUAUCCUGACUUCUUCCAGAAGGCUGAUCUGGAGCGAUCGGCACAUCUAAGAGACGACUGUAUCACCAUCAGGUGCGAUGUCACCGUCAUCCAUGGGGAAGAAACAAGGAUUCCUCCAAGCGACCUGCACCAGCACCUUGGUGACCUCCUCGAGAAUAAGGACGCAGCAGACCUAAUCUUUCAAGUCGGUGCACAGAGUUUCUCAGCCCACAGGUGUGUCCUCGCUGCUCGCUCAUCCGUCUUCAAGGCGGAGCUCCUUGGCACUAUGAAGGAGAGUUCUGCAGCUAAUCCUAUUGAAAUCUAUGACGUGGAAGCUGAUGUUUUCAAGUCCUUGCUUCACUUCAUAUACACUGACUCCGUUCCUCCAGUGCUUGAUGUGGCGAUGGCCAGCCAUCUACUCGUGGCGGCUGACAGGUACAACAUCGGCAGGCUGAAGCUGAUAUGUGAGGAGAAAUUGUGCACUCACAUCGAUUCCAACAUGGUGGCCACCAGUUUGGCUUUAGCAGAGCAGCAUGGUUUCCAUCGUCUCAAAGAGGCUUGUUUGCAAUUCCUUGCUUCUCCUUCCAAUUUCAAAGCUAUGAUGGCAAGCGACGGUUUUGAGCAUCUGACAUCCAGCUGCCCACAUGUUCUCAAGGAGCUUGUAGCUAGAAUCCUUCCGGCUGAAUGGGGGGUGGCAAAGGACGUUGUCAUGACAAUGUGGAAGUAGUGCCUACAGAACAGACCAAUUUAUUAUCAUAUAUAUGUCAUCCAUGUUUAGUACUCUGUUUAUGCAUGAAUGUUGUGGAACAAAAAUGCUGCUAUCGAUCACUUUUUUUCUUGCUAGAGUCUUGUUUUAAUGGUUAUGCAACUUCUCCAUGUAUGGUUGGAUGGAUGUUUCAGAACAAAGA